ACUUCCAAUGGAUGCCCCUUCCCCCGUCCGGUUGAUUGUCGAAACCGCAUUGCAACGUGCUCAUGGCACAAUUGCGGGAUUACUUGCACACUGCAGUACCAACUCUGUUGACGGAUGCUGGAGUAGAGGUUGUCGACCUUCACGCCUACAUUGCGAAGAUCGACCGCGACUUCAAGAUACAACGGUACGACGACAUCGACUCUCCAUUGUUGUACAUACACAUUCAGAUCGGAGAGGCGACUUGCAACGCUUUGAUCGAUUGCGGAGCUACUCGCAACUACACGAGCCAAGACUUUAUGGUACGCGUUGGCCUUGGGCCACACGUUCGGAGGAAGUCGCAACCCACACAAGUCACGUUGGCCGACGGUCACACGCACAAGUCAAUCGACCGGUGCAUUGAUGUCGUCCAUGUGUACUUUGCCCCGCAUGCAAGCGAGGGUAUGUCCUUCGAUAUUUUGGACACCAAGUUCAACAUGAUCUUGGGCAUGUCAUGGCUGCGAGGCGAGGAUCACCCGGUGAACUUCUACCGCCUCAUUGUUCACGUUCGUGAUCGGAACGGAGUACUAGUCCCAUGCACGGUGCCUCCUCCUCACCCUUCGAUCAGGUGCCACGUGGUAUCCGCCGCAAGCAUUCGUGCUUCCAUCAUCCGGGAUGACAUCGAGGAGAUGGGGGGGUGUUUUCUCCACGCCCUCCCGCCCCAAGACAUUCCAUCGAUGGACUCACCAUCGGACCCACGCAUCACCGAGCUUCUCGAUGCCUACGACGACGUGUUCGAAACACCACACGGAGUAUUACCGGAUCAGGCCAUCCGCCACGAGACCAUCCUCGAAGACGGGGCCGUACCUCCGCGUGGUUGCAUCUACUGCAUGAGCGAGGAAGAGUUAAGUAUGCUAAGGGCACAACUCGACGAUCUUCUCGAGAAAGGCUGGAUUCGGCCUAGCUCUUCACCAUACGGUGCUUCCGUUCUCUUCGUCCGGAAGAAGAACAAGGAGUUACGGUUGUGCAUCGAUUAUCGCAAGCUCAACGCACAAACCGUCAAGAACGUCGGCCCUCUUCCGCGCAUCGACGACCUCCUCGAACGACUGGGUGGCGCCAAGUUAUUUUCCAAGCUUGACCUCAAAUCGGGAUAUCACCAACUCGAGAUCCGGCAGGAGGACCGCUACAAGACCGCGUUUAAGACUCGAUAUGGGCAUUUCGAAUCGCUGGUUAUGCCUUUUGGCCUUACGAAUGCCCCGACCACAUUCCAAGCGGCUAUGACAAUGGAUUUCCGACACAUGCUGGAUAGAUUCGUACCCAUGUACCUCGACGACAUCUUGGUGUACAGCCGGAGUUUGGACGAGCAUGUCGAGCACCUGUGCACCAUUUUGGAGCGACUACGACAAGCCAAGUACAAAGCCAACUGCGACAAAUGCGAAUUCGCGCAGCAAGAGCUGGACAUUAUGUGACAGUGUGACACCGAAAGACAUCCGUCCGCUUGCGGACAAGAUCGAGGUCAUCCGCGUAUGGCCCGAGCCCACCAACACCACGAA